CAGAUCUACACAGAAUGUGCCGCUAUAUCUGCUGAAUUAUUGAAGCAUCUGCGAGAUCUCAAAGUUCCUAAAGGACAAGAACACCGGAAAUGGAAGAGCUUUCGACAUGCCCUCAAAUCCGUAUGGUCAAAAAGUGGAGUUGACGAGAUGGCGAGAAGGCUUUCAGUCUUGAGGGAGGAACUUGAUACCCAUGUCUUAGCUCUGUUGAGGGGGAAAAUUGAAGAAAUUUCUAUUACUCAGGAUAGUCGAUUCUCUAAGCUCCACAACGACAUCCAACGUAUCAUACAAUCCAUCCUCCAUACAGGGCUGGCGCACAGUGAAGAGCUUCAAAAGCACAUCGAGGCAUUCACGACAUCACAGAAACAAGAGCACGCAAAGACUCGUGCAAGUUUUAUAUAUAUGGAAGGCGAGAAACGGAAAAAUCGAGUACAGUUGGCUCUUCUCGACAGCCUCAGAUUUCCUAUGAUGAACGACCGUUACCAUAAACUCGCUCGAGCUCAUGAACGGACUUUCUUGUGGAUCUUCGAAGACCCACAACGUCAUCACAAACCAUGGGGUAACUUUGCAAAGUGGCUAUCGGUCGGUGCUGGAACCUAUUGGAUUCAAGGGAAGGCGGCUUCUGGGAAGUCAACACUGAUGAAUUUCAUUUGGAACAAUCCUCGGACCUUAAAGUAUCUUGGUAAAUGGGCUAGAGGCGGACGACUGCUUGUCGCCGCCUUUUUCUUCUGGAAUAGUGGUGUUCCGGACCAACGAUCACAAUCAGGUCUACUACGCUCUUUAUUAUACGAAGUACUAAAAACUCGACAAGAUUUGAUUCCAGAAGUGUUUGCAUCACAGUGGGAGAAAAUAUCUGUUUUAGCAGCUCACGAUCUGGAGAUUUCUGUUGAGGAGUGGUCCCUCGUCGAGCUAGAAACGUCUUUCGAAAAGCUGGUCAAACUCGCAGAUCCAAGUCUAAGGUUCUGCUUCUUUGUUGAUGGCCUGGACGAGUAUGAUGGGGACCCAGCGGAUAUAUCACAGUUCUUUCUAGAUCUGUCGGAAAUCUCGCCUUAUGCUAAGUUCUGCGUCUCUAGCAGGCCGUGGCCUGACUUUCAUGACAUUUAUGAAGGAGUUCCUCGUUUACAAUUGCAAGACCUGACCCGCGAUGACAUUGUGCUCUUUAUUCGCGACAAACUUGGAAAGAGUAAACCUAUGAAACGGUUCCUUCUGAUGGAUUCACAAGGUGCUAGUGGACUCAUCGAAGAAAUAGUUGAAAAGGCAGUUGGAGUCUUCCUCUGGGUCGCCUUGGUUGUCAAAUCCCUGGUCAAUGGUCUGCGUAGCGGAGACGAUAUUUCUCAUCUACGACGUCGUCUAGAAAGUCUUCCUUCAGAUCUCGGAGAUCUUUACGGCCACAUGCUCAAGAGCAUCGAUCCUCUGGAUAGAGAGGAAGCAUCGAAAAUGUUUCAAAUCUUCCGUCAAAGUGGGCACUGCUUAGAUGUCCCCACUUUAGAGCGUACACUUCGACCUGAUGGAUACCGGCAAUCCUUGGAGUUGCCAAUUAAGACAACCUAUUCUGAAGAGGAGGGAAAAAAGACCAAGAUGGGGAUAGAAAGGAUGACAGUGCGGCUCAACAGCCGGUCGAAGGGGUUACUGGAGAUUCUCCACUACGAGGAAGACAUCCCCCGGCAUGACAGGAUCCUAUCUUCAACAACACAUUUACCUCUAGUAGCCAAAGUGUGGUCCAAUAUUUGGGUGGACUCUGGAACAAUCAUAUAUCCCGUGGGAACAGCACAACUCCAACGAAUGGUUUAUCACGAAGACCGCUCGAAUUUGCCAACUACAACUGCUUUUGUCGAGGAGAAUGAGAUGAUUCACGAGGCCGAGCAUCUAUCGAACAGUUCUUAUAUUGAAAAUUGUUCUCAAAGUUCCCCCGCGGGGGUUGAAAGAUUCGAGGAUGGAAGUAAAUAUUCUCUUUCUGUCAAGGAGAAUGAGAUGAUUCACGGGGCCGAGCAGAUAUCGAACAGUCUUGAUAUUGAAGAUUGUUCUCGAAGUUCCCCCGCGGAGGGUGAAAGAUUCGAGGAUGGAAGUGAAUACACUCUUUCACGGGUUUCUUACUUGCACCGCACAGUAAGGGACUAUUUGGAGCAGGAGGUCAUUUGGAAUGAUUUGCUUCAGCAUACCAAACACAUUGAUUUCAAUGCCAAGACCGCGCUCCUAGUAGCGGAUGUCUUGGAACUGAAGACCACAGAAAGAAUGUUGACUUUCAGAUCUAUUUACGACGGUGGCAUAAAAGCACUCACAAGAGUUAGCACGCUGGCUCCAUUGAACUUGAAACCGCAAAUUCUCUUACUCGAAGAGCUUGGCAGAUCACUUGGUGCUUAUUGGAUUGGAGAAAUGCUGGUACGAUCAAUCAACAAUGAUCCGUGGCGGCAUGAGAAUGAAUACUGCCGUCGAAAAUGGCAGGGAGACGCCUUUGAUAUCUUUCCCAAGGUCAUGUGGAGUCUACUCAGGUGGUAUGCCGAUACCAGAUUAUCAACCUCGGCACUUUCGCGUCACACACCAAGUCACUCGCUCCUUGCGUACGCUCUUGGCUUGGAGCUUUGGUGUGUUAGAGAUACAGUCGAGAGAGCGCCAGUCCCCGACUUCAACGUAAUCGAACAUCUCCUAUGCCUUGGUUGUAACCCCAAUGCAUCAUAUAGAGGCUUGUCUAUUUGGGGGUGCACAGUCUCGUUCCUUCAUAUCCUGAACACCAUGGAAGAAACGCAAGAGAGCAAUUUCGUCAAUCUGCUUCCCUGGUUACGGGGCUGUAAGCUGCUUCUGGAGCAUGGAGCUGACCCCAACGCUUGUUGUGUUCCGGGCUAUCAUGAGUGGUGGCGGGAAGUACGGUUCAGCCAAGCAGAAGACCAACCAGUCUUUAACUGUGAACUAAUGAGAGUUUCCCAUCACCGGUGUACGGAUUUGCGGAGUUUACCUGGAAGGGCUAAUGCUCUAUAUCACGAGGAAGCGUGUUCGGUGAGUGUAGUAUUUGGUGAAGUGUUUAUGAGGAAGAUCUCAUUGCCAGGAGCCAGAGAACUGAUGUCUGCUCAUGAAAAUAAGAAGAUGCGAGUAAGAGAACUUAGCGGAAAUGGUUGGAGCAAGAGUAAGCGACGGGGGAGGAAAGGGAGAAGGCAUGAUGGCUGAAAGAGUUCAGCAAAUGGGAUGUGAGGAUUAUGGUGUUUGAAAUUGGAUGAGAGAGUGUUCGGUGUUCCCGGGUUACGAUGCGAGUCUGCUGCGCUAUUUCUGAUUUGCCCUGGGGUCUUUGACUAAGUGC